AUGUCGUACAGAGGGCCUAAUCAGUUUAAUAACCAGUUCAAUGCUGGGCAGUUCAACCCAAAUCAAUUCAGCCAGGGGCAGUUCCAACCAAACCAAUUCCAGCCAAACCAAUUCCAAUCACCUGUUGGCAGACAACCAGGUAACAUUGGCCCAGUGCCUUCUCAACAGUCGGGCUUAGAGAGAGUCGAGGCUGCCAGAAAGCAAUUCGAGAGUCUUAUUGACACCUACUUGGGUCCUUUGAAGCCUUAUGUUCCUGCUAUUGGUCGUCUUUUCAUUGUUGCCACGUUCUACGAGGAUGCAUUGAGAAUCUUCUUCCAGUGGUCUGAACAAGUCUACUAUUUGCAUGUGUACAGAAAGUUCUGGAAAUGGCUUACUGUCUUGUUCCUUUCUCUGAACGUCAUCUUGAUGUUGGCUGCCUCCACUCUCUUGGUGUUCAGAAGACACUCCUUGUAUGCCACAUGCGUGCUUUGCGGUAUCGUGUUAUUACAGGGUGUCUUCUACGGAUUGAUCUUGGAUAGCCAGUUCUUGUUGAGAAACUUGUCUGUCGUUGGUGGUUUGAUUUUGGCCUUCUCUGAUUCUUUGGUCAGAGAUAAGAGAUCUUUAACCAUGCCUGGAUUGCCUAUGCUCAACAACAAGGACGACAAGAAGUACUUCUUGUUAACAGGCAGAUUGUUGUUGAUCUUUUUGUUCUUGGGAUUUGUCUUUUCCGCCACCUGGUCCUUCGCUAGAGUGUUGAUCAUCCUUGUUGGACUUGUGGCCUGUGGAUCCAUUGUUGUUGGCUACAAGACGAAAUUUGCAGCCGCAGUGUUGACCAUCAUUCUUUUCACUUACAACGUAUUCGUCAACCAGUUCUGGAAAUACUCCUCAUUCAACGCCAACCGUGAUUUCUUGAAAUACGAGUUUUUCCAAACCUUGUCUAUUGUUGGAGGUCUUUUGAUCAUUGUCAAUGGUGGCGCCGGUGAAUUAUCCAUUGAUGAAAAGAAGAAGAUUUACUAG